AUGGAGCCGCGGCUGUUGGAGUUGUUCGGAGGCGGUGGGGGGAGAGGGAAGAGCGGAGCCCGGAGCAAGAAACCCGCCAAGGGCAGGAACCGAGCGGGAGGAGCCGGGGGCAGCAAGAGCCACAACAACCCCCCCUACCUGCCACCUGAGGCAGAGGAAGGGAACAUUGAGUAUAAGCUAAAGCUGGUCAACCCAUCCCAGUAUCGUUUUGAGCAUCUGGUGACCCAGAUGAAAUGGCGGCUGCAGGAAGGUCGUGGGGAGGCGGUAUAUACCAGAUUGGCGUUGAGGACAACGGGCUGCUGGUGGGACUGUCCGAGGAGGAAAUGAAGGCCUCACUUCACACCUUGCAUCGCAUGGCUGAGAAGGUUGGUGCUGAUAUCACAGUAUUACGAGAACGUGAAGUUGAUUAUGACAAUGACUCUCCUAGGAAGAUCACAGAGGUUCUGAUCCGGAAGGUCCCAGACAACCAACAGUUUUUGGACCUGCGAGUCGCUGUCCUGGGAAAUGUGGACUCUGGGAAGUCUACUCUACUGGGGGUCCUUACACAGGGGGAGCUGGACAAUGGACGGGGCCGGGCCAGGCUCAAUCUCUUUCGUCAUCUUCAUGAGAUACAGUCUGGUCGCACAUCCAGUAUUAGCUUUGAGAUCCUUGGAUUCAAUAGCAAGGGAGAGGUGGUAAAUUACAGCGAGUCUCGUACUGCAGAGCAGAUCUGUGAAAGUGCCUCCAAGAUGAUCACAUUCAUUGAUCUGGCCGGACACCACAAAUACUUGAAGACCACCAUCUUUGGCCUGACCAGCUACUGCCCAGACUUUGCCAUGCUGGUAGUGAGCGCCAACACUGGGAUCGCGGGAACGACGCGGGAGCACCUGGGUCUGGCCAUGGCUCUCAAGGUUCCAUUCUUCCUGGUGGUCAGUAAAGUGGACCUCUGUGCUCCACCCACAGUGGACAGGACACUCCGGCAGCUGGAGCGCACACUAAAACAGCCCGGGUGUAACAAGGUGCCUUUCAUGGUGCGGACAGAGGAUGAUGCUGUCACCGCCGCUCAGCAGUUUGCACAGUCACCCAACAUCACCCCGAUCUUCGCCAUUUCCAGUGUGACUGGAGAGUCUCUGGACCUCCUUAAGGUCUUCCUAAAUAUUCUGCCCCCUCUCACCAAUUGCCGAGAGCAAGAGGAGCUGAUGCAGCAGCUGCCGGAGUUCCAGGUUGAUGAGAUCUAUACAGUGCCUGAAGUGGGGACAGUCGUUGGAGGAACACUUUACAGUGGGGUAUGCAAGGAAGGCGAGCGCCUUGUGGUGGGGCCCACAGACUCUGGCAGCUUCCUUCCCUUGAAAGUUUGCAGCAUCCAGAGGAACCGCUCCGCAUGCCGUGUGUUACGAGCUGGACAAGCUGCGACCCUGGCACUGGGGGCAUUUGACCGCUCUUUGCUCCGAAAGGGUAUGGUGCUGGUCAGUCCGGAGAUGAUGCCCACGGUUUGUUGGGUCUUCGAAGCCGAAAUUGUCCUUCUCUUCCAUGCUACCUCCUGCAGGCGCGGAGUGCAGGUCACUGUGCACGUAGGAAAUGUCCGACAGACAGCCAUCCUGGAGCACAUCCAUGGAAAGGAUGAGCUGCGGACAGGAGAGAAGGCCGUUGUACGCUUCCGCUUUAUCAAGCACCCAGAAUAUUUAAAGCCGGGGACCAAGCUCCUGUUCAGGGAAGGAGUGACGAAAGGCAUAGGACAUGUAUGCAGCCUACAGGCCAUAACCACUGAGAGCGGUCAUCUUUGA